GAUGCCGGCGCUGCGGCUGCUGGGGCGCAAGUGGCUAGCCGCCUCCGACGACCUGGUCUUCCCCAGCAUCUUCGAGCUGCUCUUCCGAUUCGUAUGGCUGGUGCUAAUAGCACUGGUGGUGGAAGUGCUAUUCCCGGUGACAUGGCAGUGCCAAUCGGAAGGGUGGCACGGCGGCGCCUUCGUGCGGCUGUACCUCUGCGGCACUCUCGCGCUGCAAGCAGUGCUGAUGCUACUACUUGCAGCGCUCGCGCAGCAGUCCGCACGCGGAACCAUCACGGAGGUCGACACGCGCAAGUGGGUCGCGCCGCUGUUGCUCUUCAAGGUGCUGCUGGUGUUGCCAGAAAUAGCCCUCAACAUCAUGGGCACCAUGUGGAUGUUCUGUGAGGUGAUCGAGUGCUCCGUCAGUGACAAGUUCUCCAGUAUAGUCAUACAAAGCAUUGUUCUGUUCAAUUGGGUGCAACUGGCGCUUACAAUCUUCGGCCUGUUCAUGGUGUUCGACCCCCUAGGGUCAGUUAGAUAUGGGGACCUGCAGGACACGCCCAACCAGGUCCGCCACCACAGGAAGGUCACGGGGCUCUGGUCCCGCCGCUUCCGAUGGGCCUUCUGUUGGCUCAAGAGGGACGAGCACGGGAAGGAGGCUUUUCAACAAGUUGCAGCUCUACUCAGCGCGUUAUUCAGGUCAACAGAUCUAGUUCCGUCGGACGUGGUAGCUGGGUGUGUACUCCUCCGCGUACGACAGAAGAGGGAGACCAGGGAAAUGCGACGCAUACAGAUGCUCAACGAUGAAGAACCUAUAUACACCACGGAUGUCAACAAAAUCUUCUCAGAGACCCCACCUUGGAUGAACCUAGAAGACGCUUUACACUAUUUGAAGCUUUCCAUCGCAGCGUACGGAUGGCCGUAUGUGAUCUAUCGCCAUUGCUUUACGGGAUUCUGCAAACUUGCGCGCCAUCUCACUUGUUGCUGUUGUAGACCAAAGAACUCUAUAGUAACAGACGACAACUGUUGCCUGUGUCACUUCGCCGGCGUCAAGUACAUGUCCCGCAUGGCCGCCGACGACAUCAUCUUCGCCUCCUUCAACAAUCGCGUCUUUGAGCUACCUUUCUGCGUCAUAGCAGACCACGAACGUGAAAGUAUCGUAGUUGCAGUCCGAGGUUCGAUUUCCCUCAGGGAUAUCUUCACUGACUUCACAGCGGGCUCCGAAAAAUUUGAGGCGGAUGGCUUGCCUGAGGACACGGCUGCACACAAAGGCAUGUCGAUGGGAGCAGCCAAGAUGUUGCGGCGGCUGACUCCUGUGUUGGAUCGCGCAUUCCAGCAGUUCCCGCACUACGACCUCAUACUCACAGGUCACAGUCUUGGAGCUGGAGUAGCAGUAUUAGUAGCGUUAAAGUUAAGGCCGAGGUACCCGCACCUAAAGGUGUUCGCCUUCUCCACGCCAGCGGGUCUGAUCAGUCGGGAGGCGGCAAGGUAUACGGAGAGCUUCGUACUGACGGUGGGGGUCGGCGACGACCUGGUGAUGCGGCUGUCGGUGCACAGCAUCGAGAACCUUCGCACCAAGGUCAUCCAGACUAUACACGCCACGAAACUGCCAAAGUACCGGAUAAUGCUGAACGGGUUCGGCUACGCAUUAUUCGGGGUGCCGGCGCGCGAUUUGGAAUCAACAUGGCGGCGGCCUGAGGAGUUGGAGGCGAACCACUCGGACGACUCGACAGACGCUCUCCUCGUGCCUAGCGUGUCCACCGUGAGUGCUAAUACUGAGGCUGGUACUGAGCAGUGGGCACGUUCGCAGGAGGCGGCGCUAGUGUCGCGCAACGUGUUCGCCCGUAGAUUCUCUACGGCGCGGCUCUUCACCGCCGGACGCAUUCUGCACAUCGUGCGUCGCAAGCGCAUGGGCAUUGAAAAGAAAGUGCGCACCCAGGAGCCGACGUAUGAAAUGCGGUGGGCGUGUCCCGAAGACUUCAUGGAACUGCAAGUGAUGCCGCGAAUGUUGCUCGACCACUUACCAGAGAAUGUGCAUCGCACGAUAGAGACGGUACUUGAAGAGAAACACGCCUCCUACCGCGUCACGCACGUUGUAUAAACUUUAAAGCAUUUAGUAACUCUUGGACAUAUGUGAAAAUAUACGCAGACAAUCGGCGGUUGAACUAGGUCGGCUAGUCUAUUACAGUGUACCUACAAGGAAGCAGGACACUUUAUACGCCGGAACGUAGGCACAAGAACCGUAUUCGACAAGUACAACUGACAACAACAAGUGUUCGUAGAACCGCUUUGAUAUAAGAAAAGUGUGAUGGAAACUUUUUCCUGACGAUUUGUAGGAAAACUUUUUUAUUAUUUUAUAAAAAUAGUAUCCUCAAUGUUCUUAGAGGAAUGAGUACAUAAUAAAGUACUCAUGACGAGUGAUCAAACACGGACAAAAUAUUUUGUAAGAUCUUUUUGUAAACGUUACUUUUACAAGUACACUGUUCUACAAUUACCUAUUUCAAAGCAAAUCAUGACGUAUGCAUUUUUUAUGAUUUUUGUUCCUAUCACACUUUCAGUAUAGUGUAAGUUUUAACUCAAAAUAUGAACAAAUUUUAUGAAACUUUUUGUAAAUAGUACUUUCGAAAUUUCGGUAACAAUUUGUAAUAAUGGAAUGACAAACCAGAGUAGACAUUUGUAGUUAAGACAGGAAUUAGUAUAAGAAAUGUGAGAAGACUGUGAUGAAGUUAAGAAUGAAAAUACUGUUAUAUUAAGUGAAAUGUUUGCGGUUAUAUACAGAGUGUUUGUAUUAAGCGCAAGACACACCAAAUCCGCCAUUUCCGGCGGGAUAAUUUAAGUGUCGCCGGGCAACUGAACACAUAGUUUACGGAAGCUGCCGACAUGUCGCCAAAAUGUCGACGGGGUGUGUCGGCGGGUUGGCGGCUUUGGUAUGUAUUGCGUAAUAGUCUAGGGGAAUUCAAUAUUUACGUGUUUGUACAUAUUAGAAUGUUUAAGUAUCACAAAUUCGGCUACAAGUUUCAAAGAAACUUUGGGCAUUUUCCUCAUACCCAUACUUAACAUAUCAACGUUAUGAACGUUCUCAUCUAUGUACCUACUGGAAACUUUAAGUCGUUUCAAAUCGCCAAUACUCUGUUUCGAUGUCAGUAUAUAAAAUAUAAAUGUAAUUUUAUAAAAUUCAGUCAAAAUUUAUUUGCUCAAUUCGAAAGCAAUUGUUUUUCAUUAAAACAAAAACAUUGUUUGUUUAGUGAGAGCGAGCAUAGCGCAGUAAAAUAAAUGUAACAUUCCGUAUACCCUAACGAAUAAAUAAUAAGUCAGGAGUAAAUAUGAACAAACGCCGGCGAAAUAUUGGCCCCACGACAUUCUAAAAGGUCGUAAAUCCAUAAAACCAAUCAGUAGCGAUUCCGUGACGCGCUUCAUUGCGACAAGCGCUGUGAUUGGUUAUCAGCAGCCAUCAUAAUAGAGGUUGGUGCGUGUGUUUCCAGGGUUCUCAAAUCAAGGAUGUUGUUAUGCAAUGCAUGGGUGAGUAUAAGUAAAAAAUGGACAAAGCUGACGGUGGAUUUAAUAAUUUACAGUGUUUUGUAUUUCGGAUGAGGCGUGUUGCUGAAUUAUGUAAUCAAGUAGUAUUAUUGUAUUGCAUGUUUUGUGUUUUGAAUUAAUUGGUAUAAUUUGGUAUUUAGUCAAAACAACUAUUCAGUAUUUCAGUUUUUGACUUGGGUGAUAUGUAAAUAUAAUUACAAUGUGACUUAUUAUUUAUUAUUAUUUACUGGAAUUGGAUGGAAGCUAAUCACCCUCUCUUCUUUCGUAGUGAACUGCUUUUAUCCAUUUUUUCAGUCGGUUUUCAUUUUUGGGGAAACUAAAAAAAGUAAAUUCCGAUAAGACCAAAUAACAGAAAAACUGAUAUUUUGCUGGAAAUUGUUAGUUAUUGACUGCAUAGUAUUACAAAUUAUAAUUUAUCUGAAUUAAGGUAGGAACUUCUUGAAUAAUGCGGACCAAAGUACAAUGUGUUUACGAGAAAAAAAUGUUAUAUUUACCGGUGAUAAGUUAUUCCAGUUAACUUUUUGCUGCACUUUUUUCGUUUCCUACACCAGCUCACUACACAUGACUACAUUUUUCAUAAUAUUUCACUGUUUUUCCUAUAGAAAUAGAGCAUAAAUCGAGCAAUGACAUACGUCAGUGACGGCGUGCAGCAGACUGAAGUAGGUGCGAGUAGUCGUUUUAAGCCCCGCCUACUCAGUGUACCUUUUAGUGGCGUUAAAUUGUGAGCGUUGUUACUCUUCCUGAAUUAUUAUUUAUUCGUAGAGUAUACCUACUGAUAUGUUCAAGUACACUACAGUGCUACGCUCUCUCCUACUUGAAACUUACAGUUUAAAACUAGUAUUUAAACUAAUAAUUAAGACUUGUGAAGCUACCAUUAAGUACAAUAACUAGACGUUAGAGUAGAGUACAGUGUUACCGGAGUCAAUUAUGUAAAAUAAAGCAUAAUGCUACAUGUAAAUAGCGCUAAAAAUAAAUUAUUUGCGAUUAUACUCAUCAACACCAUUUCGUAACACCACUAUAUAUUAUUAUGCAUAAAUAACAAACUAGCGAUUACAACGUAAUUUAUACAUGGAAUCUAGGCCAAAUAGAAACCUAAAUGAAUUAAGUUUUUGCUAUAAUCUAUUCACUUUCAAAUGUUUCUACAACGUUUUCUAUUUCACUCGACAAAUAUGAUCCGCACGAUUGCCAGGUGGUAUUUAUAAUUCUAAUACACGCGUGUAUUUUAAAGAUAAUAUUUUCAAAGUAACCCAGUGCUACUCAUAUAAAAAGCAACGUAAAUUUUCUUGAAACCAGUUAAUGUGGAAUGUUGAAAAAUAUGAUAACAACAAAAGAAAGACAAACCUUUGAAUGGAGUACAUGACUUGUAAGGUGUCAGUUGUAUGUUUGAAUGAGAUUGUUUGUUGGACUGUUCUUUAACUUCGGGAACAAAAUUAGAGUGACUUGGUACUAUAUCUAACAUAAUUCCGUUUCUAAGCAUAUAUUUACAUAAUAAUAGCAUUUAUUUCGAAUAAUUUACAUUCCAAAAUGUAAUCCUCAGUCCCUUGACGGUUGGUUUGUGUGGUGGUGUGCGGUGCCUUGUGGUUGUACGUAGGUAUGGAAAAGAUUGUUAUUUCAAACAAUUCUUUACAAAUAGUAAAGAUGCACAUUUUACUUUCCAUUUAGCAGAGUUUAUUUAUAAAUCCCGGUAUAAUACUUAAUUAAGCAAACAGUUUAUCUUGUUAAAAUAUAUUAUUUUAUUUUGAAUGUUUAUAUUACCAAUUUUUUUUUAAUAUAUUUUAUGUAGAUAUGUUUUGGAAUCUCAAAUGUUUAUACGAACCAUUUUUAGAUCGAACAAACUAAGUUUGCAACAGUUGUGUAAAUAUAAAUAUCUGUUUUGCGACGCAUUCAGUACCGUUUGUUUGUUACUCUGGUUGAAUUUAUAAAGUUUACGAUGGGUACUGAACUGCAUGGAUGUUCAAGUAUUAGAAGGACUGAGGUUCUUUUCACUUGUACCCUAAAUUAGGGCUUUAUAUUCUCUCUCUUUAUGUAGUAGGAUAUAGCCAAUGUCGUGUGUUGGGUUUGUGUUAAUUUAUAUUAAAAUCUAUUUUAAGUAUACAGAAUA